GGCCGCCUGACGGGGACAGGGAAAGUGGAACCGGGGCGGCGCGGGGGCCUGCAGCACCGCGAUCUCGCCGGGGCAGCGGGGGGCCGAGCGCGCGGCGCGGCGCGGCGCAGGGGCCGACGGGGGCGCUGGGCGGCUGCGCCGGAAGUGCCCGGGACGCUGGAGGAAGCGCAGCGGCCGCUAGGCUGCCGAGUCGGCGGGGAGGCCCUGUGCUCCUGGCCUGGGCGCGGGCUGCUGGGAACAGGCGGCAGCAGCGCCGAGGCUGCGGGACACGGCGCGGCUAGUCUGCGGGACGGGCCCUGGGUGGAGAGGAGAACGCGAGGAGGCCGCGCCGAGGCCAGGCGGCGAGCUCUGAAGCCCGGAGACCCGGACCGCGGCACAGCUCCCACAUGGCCUCCGGAGGGGGCGCGGCCUUCGAGGAGCUGCCGCACGACGGCACGUGUGAUGAGUGUGAGCCCGACGAGGCUCCGGGAGCCGAGGAAGUGUGCCGGGAAUGCGGCUUCUGCUACUGCCGCCGCCACGCGGAGGCGCACGGGCAGAAGUUCCCCCGGCACCAGCUGGCGGAGUACGUCCACGGAGCCGCCCAGGCCUGGACCCCGGGAGCCCGGGAGGAUGGGGCGGGAGAGGAAGAAGUCGAGGCCCAGGUAGAGAACGAGAAGGCCCUAGAAAGCGAGGCGGGGGAAGAGAGCGAGUCCGAGGAAGACUGUGAGUCCGAAGAAGAGAGUCAGACGGAGGAGGAGAGCGAAGAUGAGAGUGAUGAGGAGAGUGAGGAAGACAGUGAGGAACAAAUGGAGGAUGAGCAAGAGAGCGAAGCAGAGGAAGACAACCAGGAGGAAGGAGAAUCGGAGGCGGAGGGAGAAACCGAGGCAGAAAGCGAAUUUGACCCAGAAAUAGAAAUGGAAGCGGAGAGAGUGGCCAAGAGGAAGUGUCCGGACCAUGGGCUCGAUUUGAGUACCUAUUGCCAGGAAGAUAAGCAACUCAUCUGUGUCCUGUGCCCAGUCAUUGGGGCACACCAGGGCCACCAGCUCUCCACCCUAGACGAAGCCUUUGAAGAACUAAGAAGCAAAGAUUCAGGCGGACUGAAGGCGGCUAUGAUAGAGUUGGUGGAAAGGUUAAAGUUCAAGAGCUCAGACCCUAAAGUAACCCGGGACCAGAUGAAGGUGUUUAUACAGCAGGAAUUUAAGAAAGUUCAAAAAGUGAUUGCUGAUGAGGAGCAGAAGGCCCUUCAUUUAGUGGACAUCCAGGAAGCAAUGGCCACAGCUCAUGUGACUGAGAUACUGGCAGACAUCCAGUCCCAUAUGGAUAGAUUGAUGACUCAGAUGGCCCAAGCCAAGGAACAACUUGAUACCUCUAAUGAAUCAGCUGAGCCAAAGGCAGAGGGCGACGAGGAAGGACCCAGUGGUGCCAGUGAAGAAGAAGAUACAUGAAGGCCUGCCAUCCCCGGUGGAAAAUCAUCCCUUCCCCUUGUGUGUAUGUGACGGCGUGUAUGUAACAGCUUCUGAUUCCUGUGAAAGCUGCCCAGCAACAAACGUGCUUCCACCAGAUGCCUCCCCAGAUCCACAGCAGGCACAUAGCUCUCCAAGGAAUGACCAGUUGUACUCUUACUGACUGUGCUUCUCAUUCUCUUGUUGUGAUAGGUCAAGGAAAAUGCCCCUUUGAUCAACCAGGAGCAAUUAAAGCGUCCUUCAGGUAAUCCCUCGAUGGCUGCUUUGAACUUACUCAGGAAAGCCAGCCCCUGUCAUAUUGUAUACCCAAACAGUAUCACUUCAUUAAGAAGGAUCUGGAAUAAUCUUGAAGGGCAGUCAGAAUUUGUUUCCCUACCUGCUAAUAAAACCACACUUUAUUCAUAUUGAAGCAUGGAAUAAAUGAGGGAAAAGUCGGGCCGAAUCAACCCACAUAGUUAGUCUCUAAAAGUCCCUUUAAUACAUCUGUGAAAAUGUGGUUUCAUGAAAUAAGAUGGAUGGCUUGAAAACAGAUAAAGAGUUAAAUGUUAGAAAUAUAUAGAGAUAUUUUUAGUACAUGAGGUUAUCCAGGAUUUCAGAUUCAUAAUUCAGUGCUGUGGAAAUGAAAAAAAAAAAAAUUGAAGAGGUAGAAAGGAAAUGACUUUUUUUUUUUCCAAAAAAAAAAGGUUCCAAAGAGUUCUGAUUAAAAGUUGAAAUCAAAAUCGGUAUUUCUGAACUCGAAUUGCCUAAGUUUCCAAAAUAGUCACUAAAGGAUCUGAUGGAACCUGAAUUAUUUGAGUGGAUUCUGAGGUUUUAUGGGUCUUGUCACAGCAUGAAAGUCUGGAAUGUGUAUUACAAAUGGGAAUUUUCAGUGUAGGGUUUGCUCCCCCUCCCCCAGCUUAGCCUAAUUUGGCUUAAAUGCAGUGUGGGGAGAAUUCUUGGCCCUCUGUGGUGUUGAAUCGAGCUCCAUCUCCUGGCAGAUAUACCUUCCUUUUACUCCAGCGGGGACCCCUCUUCCCCUGGCUCUCCCCACCUCCAGGUCAUCUCCCACACGCUGGCUCUCUCCUCUUAAGUAAUGUGAGCAGAGACUCACCGUGGUUGGACUCUGGUCUUUCCCCACUCCCAAAGCACAUUUCCUUACAACCAAGUUUUUUACUCCCAAAUAAGCAAUGAGGUACUAGGGAAUACAAAACUGCAAACUAAAAAACAUGCGUCUUCUGAAACAGGAGUUUUACUUAACAAAUGGUUUGGAGUCAGGGAAUGACAUUAUUUUUAGAUGAAACAAACACAGUUAUAUUAUGAAAUAGAAUGUUUGUAUACAUAAACAGUAAAGAUAAAAUAGGAGACUUCACAGAGAAUUUUUAUUUGCGAGUGGGGUGUGUGUUCCCUCUCCUCUGCCUUUAGUGGUAUUUUGGUGUUCGCUUCUGAGAAGUACAAUUGGAAAUACAUCCAAGCAGCCUUAGGGUUUCUGUUGACUCAGGACCUACACUUCUAGUGCCUCUGAGGCAGAACCAAAGGAGCUUGCACUGAGGGAAAUUUGCCUGCCUGCCUGCCUGCCUACCUAUCACAAAGCUUUAGGGCCAACUGAUAUGUGUGUGCAGGAUGGUUUUGAGGGAGAAACAAUGCUCACUUACUAUAGGAAUCCUGUCUAUAUCACUGUUCAGUCCUGUGCAUGCUAUGAAAUGAUUGUUUCUUUGAGGCCAGGAAGCUACCAGGUGUAUAUGCUUCUGGGUUAGGAUUACCCUUGCUCACUAAAUAUGUUGUUGGAACAUUGGGGCUGAGAGUAGUUUGGGCUGUUUAAAAAGAAAAACAAAAAAGUAUUUUUCUCUCAAACUGGUGGCCAACAAAUGACUAAGACAUUUUCGGUGCUUUACCUUUCUGCCCACAAGACUGGAGACUUUGGCAUACCACUAAUUACAACCCCCGCCACAUCCAAAGAAACUACUCCUAAAGGAGGACCAGUGGCCAUUCUUAAAAGAGUUUAAAAAUCAGAAUAUUAAGAAGAUUUUAGGAUUUGGAAGCUUGUGUUGUCUUUCCCCAGUAAUUACUGUUUAACCUCCAAGUAGUAGCCUUAUUUUAGCAGUGGACAGAUCACUGGCUCCUCUAUACCUGAUCAUAUGUUAUUACUCUAAAUCAGUAUUUGGGAAACCCAGGCAUUUGUGCAAUGGAUAUGAAUGGAAAUACAAACAUACAUGCCAGCCUGUCUAUAAAUUAUCAUACUCUGUAAUCCUCAAGGAAAGCACUUUUGCUUUUACUUAGAAAGGAUUUCAGAUUUGCUUUAUGGGCUCCUGCUGUUUUCAGCACCUGAUAAAACUUUAACCAGGGAAGGAUUAAACACAGCUCAGCAGCUUUUCUGCCCAGGCUCCUGAGUUCCUGCCGGCAGCAUUUAUCAGUGUAAGAACUAAGAUGCUUCCUGCAGUGGCACCAGCUUCCCCAAAGCUUGGAGAGUGCUUCUCGGCCUUGAGCCCCAGCAUGAUGAGACUUCCCUCCUACCACCAGGUCAGUAAGAGUUGCUCACAACUGUGUCCUAACUGGUUGCAGGGUUUGCAGAAAUCCCGAGGGAGAAGUCAUCAAGGGAGGCAGGUAAUGAAUGUCUUCAGAAUGAAUUGGGUCCUCACAGCAAUCCCUGGCUCCCUUCCAAAGGUUGAGUAUCUGGAGGCUAAGAGGGGGUUUGUCUUUUGAUUUGAUUGUCAUUAAAUCCAGGGCAAUUCCAAGAAUUGCUUGGAGUCUCUGCUCUGACAGCCUAGAAAGGGAAAUGAUUUAAAAUAUUGAGGACCAACUAUGGGGACCCAUUUCUCAGAUGAUAAUACAGAUUUGGAGGCCAAGAGUCACUUGCCUUGAGUUACACAGCUGGGAAGUGUUGGAGCCAGGUUUUGUACCCGGCUCUUCCUAACUCUGUGUAUGCCUAAAACAGAGAGAAAGGAAAAGGCUGCAGGUUUCCCCCCUGCAGUCUGACCAUUCCACUCUAUGGAUUCUUUUCCAAAAUUACAUUUUAGGGCUAUAGUUUAGGCUCAGAAAUGGCAGCAAGGUAGCCUUAUUCUUCUACUUUAGCAGAUACAUUAAGUACACAUUGCUAACUUGAGCCUGCCCCCAGGAGUUGGAGGACACCUUUCCUUUUUUGUGCCAUCCCCCAUAAAUACAGUGUUUUUAGGCCUUCAGGAGUAUGGAACUUCUCAGAAAGAGUAAAAGUGAGGAGUCUUCUGCUCUCUAACUUUAUUUGAAAAUGUCAGCUGCUGCACUGCUGCAGAAAAGGAAAUCUUCAUAUUUUAGUAAACCUAGCCAGUCUGUGAGGAUGUGGUAAUUCAAAGACCUGUGAACAUAGACUUUCCUGCUAACACCUGAUGUGUGUAUAUACACACACACACAAACACACACACAUGCGGUUUAGCAACUAAGAGAAAUUCAGAGCAGCCGCCUCAUUAUCUCGCAUACCACUGCAGAGGUUUCUGCCAGCCCUGAUUACAAGUGUCACCAGCUAAUGGGGCCUAGUUUCUUGCUUACAAGAUGCUAAAAAGAAGAGCAACUCCUUGGCAAAGGUUGUCAGCUCCUAAAGCAUUGAGCCAAGGUGACAGCCCUGAGGGAAACUGCACUCCAGCUCUACUCCAAGGUGUCUAAUGAUAUGGGAAUUUUGGACACCCAGACUUUAUGGUGACCUGAGAGUUUGACCACUCUAGUCAGGCCUGAGGGCACGGCUGCAGAAUUCAUGACUGAUAGGGGGGUGGCAGGGCUUAGGAAGUCCUCUCCUCCACCUAGAAAAUAUUCUCUUGCCAAUACCUGAAAUGCCACACUCUGUAGCUGUUCAACACAUGCUUUUCGAUAAGAAAAUUCGUUGCAUGUUUACAGUGUGCCUAGCACAACUGGAAUUUUCUGUUUAAAAAACAAAUCUAUCUCAUUAUGAAUGGACUCAGCCCAGCCCUGAGAGAAAAGAAGGCCUGCAGGGGAGACUUCAGAUCUCAUUAAUAUUGCCUUACCCACAGCAGUGUUUCUGAAGCCCCACCGCAGCCCGUUCCAAGAGCUGUAAGGCCCAUGGGGACUGCCUAGUAAAACAGUAGCAUUUGGAACCAAGAACACACGAGAAACAGAAGAACAAGUGCCAGGGCAGGAAAAUAAAAAUAAAUUAAGACACUAGUGGGUAUACUGGUACAAAAAGUGCCACAGAGCCCAUGCUGGGCUUGAUAGGACCUUGAGGGGACAGUAGAUUUAUACUUAAUGGGACUUAAACCUGACCAGUCUUUCUACAGUGACAGGCCACACUGCGUGGAUGGGGAGAACCACCGAACCCAUUGUCCUCUGCCUGUUUUCCUGUGCACAGUCACAUUCCCUCCUUAGUCAUCUUCCCCUUUCACGCUUUACAUUAAACAAGGGAACACUCAGUCUUUCACGGGAAUUACAGGUUUGAGUUAAUCUUUCAGUAUAUCAUUUUCAUACUGUAAAUUAUUUUGUAAGAGAUUUACUGCCAUCCCAGGAUGUUUGGACUCAGCCCCUGUGCAUUUGGAAAUCAAUAAACUAUUACUGGAAAUACCAUUUGUCUCUCAGAGUUGUGCACAAAGGACCCUGCUAGGUGUAAAUAUUCAUGGUGAUCUGCAUUGUUAACUGUGAUAAUGCUGGAGAUGAUGGUGUUUUGGUUAUGAGAGGUGGGACACUCAUUUGCCCCUGACGUCUCUAGCGUAGCUUAGGAGAUCUCUGGGAGUGGCAAAAGGA